AUGGCAAGCAGUGACAUUGAAAGUUCUGAUGGCAAAAUUGUAGGAGGUUACAACACCACCAUACAGGAUGUUCCAUACCAAGUGUACUUACUACUGCAGAUGGGUACUGAUUACUAUCAGUGUGGCGGUUCCAUCAUAAGCGAGAGAUAUGUCUUGACAGCAGCGCAUUGCCUCACAGGCAUAACGCGAAUUUAUGUCAGAGCUGGUAGUACUCUAGCUAUGAGUGGGGGUACCCAAUACAACACCACGAGAUUUAGACAGCAUCCAUUUUAUAAUCCAUUGAAUUUCGAUUAUGAUGUUGGUCUGAUAAAUAUUCCUGGUGGAAUAGCAUUGGAUGGAGUAAAUACAAAAGCGGUUCCUUUGCCAAAAGCUGGAGCCACAAUUGAAAAUGGUACCAAUAUUCUUGUGACUGGAUGGGGUGAUACUACUGAGAACGGCCAGGUAAGCCCAAAUUUAAUGGGCGUACAAGUGCCAACUGUAUCUAAUGAGGACUGUCUUAUGUCUUACUCCACACUUACAUCUCGUCAGUUCUGUGCUGGUGUGCCCGAAGGAGGCAAGGACUCUUGCCAGGGUGAUUCCGGAGGUCCAGCAGUAGCAACAGAAACUGGAAUUCAACUCGGAACCGUUUCCUUUGGAACAGGCUGUGCUCGACCAGGAAUUCCUGGAGUAUAUACUAAUUUAGCCAAAGUAAGAAGAUGGAUCAGAAGGCACUCGGGCGUCUAA